AUCCAAUCACCAUCAACUGGAAUUUUGGAGUUGAAGCUCACCACGCUCACUCACUAUCAAGACCUUCACUUCGACUCCGCACAGUAUCUGAUUCGUUCGACACUAUCUAGAUUCACCUGCCAUACUUGCCAAUCCUUGGACGAAUACUGCGCUAGUCUGUAAACCUUUUCUUAACACAAGCUGCGACGCGCCUCGCCAGCUUCAACACCAAUCUAGUCCAACCCAAUCCGCACGAAUUCUGCGACUGCAGCUGCCAGCGCAUCAGAAAAUAUGACAUCAUCCGACGAAGAUGUGAUGAACAGCGACCCAGACAUGGGAGACGACUUGUUUGGGGAUGAAGAAGAGGACGAAGCGCCCAAGGUCCAAAAACCACGCCAGCUGAGCGACGAUGAGCUUGAUUCGGGUGACGAUGAGGGCAGACAAGACCGUCGAGCCCAGAGACCCAUGAGCGAAGAUGCAGAGCAGGAAAACGAAAACGUCGAGGCUAGAAUUCAAACGGUUUGGAGGCAUCCUUUGCCAAAACCUUUGGAUGAAGAGGUAAAUUGCAAAUCAACAAUUACUACAAUCCGCUGACCCAUUUCAAGCUCAACUCUUUGAGGCUUCCCAAAUUUCUCGGCAUCGAACCUCGCGCCUACGUACCAGAAACUUUUAGUAUCCCAACAACAGACCAUCAUUCCGAGCCCCCAUCUGCCAAUUUCUCUGCCCGGGCAGUAGCUGCCACAACUAUGCGCUUUCGUAAAGACUCGGCUGGAAACCUCGAGGGCAAUACCCUGAUCUAUAAAUGGAGCGACGGAAGUACUACGCUGUGUAUUGGAGAUCAACAUUACGAGCUGGAGCAGAAGCCUCUUGCACCCCCCAAGGACGGGCCCUACCAGGAAGUUUUGGAUUCGCAUUCUUAUGUUGCAACACCAUCGUUGGCUGCUCAAUUACUCAAUAUAUUUGGCCACAUGACAAAUCAAUACACAGUCAGACCAAACAAAGAUAUUGAAGACGAUGCUUUAGAGAAGCUGCAAAAGAGUCUAGCUGCUGCUGCUCGCGGAAGUGGCAAGGGCGACGAUAAAAACGGUCCCGAGAUGAUCACGAAUACUGAGGAUCCAGAGCUUCAAAAGAAGAAAGCCGAGAUGGCAGAAAAAGAAAGAAUGAAGCUCCAGCGACGGCGAGAGACUGCGGCCGAGAAGGCGAGCAUCCCAAGUGGACCAAGAGGAGGGCGUUCUGGUGGCCUCACAGUAGACGAUCUGGAGAUAAGCAGCCGAAGGGGACCGGCGACAGGUCGAAAAGCUGCUGGCACCAAACGGCCAAGACGCAAAACAGAUGAUUAUGAUUCAGAAGAUGAUAAUGCUGCUAGAGGCCGACCAAGUCGAAUGGAUGAAUAUGACACUGAUGAUGGUUUCCUUGUCAACAGUGACGAAGAGAUGGAGGUAUCAGGGGAAGAUGACGAGGAAGAGGAGCUGCUUGACGAAGAUAGUGAUCGAGAAGCACCAAGGGCAAAGAAGCAGAAGAAAUCGAAACCAGAGGAAGUGAGCGAUGCGGACGCAGAAGCCGAUCUUGAUGAUGAUGAGGCUCCAGCACCCGCUGCAGAACCAUCAGGAAGAUCAAGAAAGCGAAAUAUCAUUGAGGAUGACGACGACGAGUAAGAGAGGUCUUGAGACUUAGACUAGCCCUCAAUCUUGCGUGGGGUUGCAUUUGUAGGAUUUUGAAAUAUCAGAAUAGGAUUUGUAUGUAUCAUAGGAGGCGGA